GUAGGCGGUACGAUCCAAGUGACGUUUAGUUAAUAUUGAAUUCAUUAUAAAUAGUUAUUGUUUUUUUUAUAAUCAAGACUAUAUAACGUACAGUAUAAAUUAAUAAGUUUAAGAAAUGGCACAAGAGGUAGAAGAAACUAUGAAACGUAUACAAUCACAUAAGGGGGUGGUUGGAACAAUUGUAGUUAAUGCAGAAGGUAUCCCAAUUAAAUCUACAUUGGAUAACACUACAACAGUUCAAUAUGCAGGAUUAAUAAGUCAACUGUCAGACAAAGCACGAUCUGUAGUAAGAGAUUUGGAUUCAACAAAUGAUCUCACAUUUUUACGUAUUCGUAGUAAGAAACAUGAAAUUAUGGUUGCUCCGGAUAAAGAAUUUAUACUUAUAGUAGUACAGAAUCCAGUUGACUGAUAACUAAGAAAAACAUUAAUAU